AUGCCGGCCUUCUCUAUCCUGUGUUUCUUCUCGACUUUCGCCUUGGUCCAAGUUGCAGCUCGGUUCUCAGAAGGCUGUGAAUCUGUCGCUGAGCUCCUCCAGCUGAACAUGUCGAAGAUCCUGGCGCUCUCCCGCAAAGCCGCGCGGAGGGAGGAAGAGAUGGGAUACAGGGAUCUCAUGCUCUUUGCACCGCUGCUUUCUGCAAUCCAGCGUAAGAAGUCGGCUGGGCUGGCCUCUUGUCCAUGCGCUUUCGCCGCUGCUGCGACUGUAGGCAUCAGCAUGGAGAUGACUGGUUUGGAGUAUGGGGCCGUCCGCACGAACUUCGACUACAUGACGACCUUUGGUCGGCUGACUCUCCUCGAGAACGCCUUGGAGGAAGCCUCGAAGUUGUGCGUCGAGCUCGGAGCCCGGAAAUGGCCCAUCGACUACGCAGAAAAAAUUCUCUGGGAGAUCGACCGCUAUGUGAGGGAGAACCUGCAAAGCAUCGAAGCUUGGGUUGCGGAAUCUCAGGAAGAGGUAACCAUCACGGAUGAGCAGCACCUCGACGCGCUGGCCGACGCAGCUGAAGUUCUGGACUCCGAAGGGCUGGAUUGGUGGCCUACGAGAGGCACCCUCAUUGCCUUGCUCCGCCAUGGCAGGCGGAGUGGCCCGCUGUCCAGGGGCAAGUUGGAUGUUGUCGACCAUGAUGUUGAUGUCAUGGUCGGCGUGUCUAGUGAAGAGGAAUGGGUCCAAAGACGGCCCGCGAUUCAGCAGAAGCUUCACGCGCGAGGUUGGAACGCCUGCUUUGAAAGGCAUUCUGUCGCUGCUCCCUACGGCAGUUUCGAGUACAAUCUUGCACGCAGGGACCUGUUCUUGUGCACUAGGACAAAUCCUAAAGUUACGCUGGACAUCGCAACAUACAUCACAGAGGGUCCGAUCGCCAUUGCACAAAAGUAUUGUCCUGGUGCUGGCAUCGGAUGUUGGAUUCCUCGAAAUGAUGGCAGCUUCCGAGGAAGCCAGGGACGGCUGCGACUUA